UUCACCGGAACAUGCCGCGGGACCAUGCCCUGGACUUUGUGAUGGUGGAGUACGGGCGCGUGCGGGACGGCAAGCCGGUCCGCGAUCCCGGCGAACUGGCGGUGCGCGCGGCCGAGCUGGCAGACGACUACCUGGCGCGCGACAAGCUGGAGCGCCACGCGGUGCCCGCCGCCACGCGCCACCUGCUCCUGUUGCUGGCUGAGGGCGUGCACCUGUACCCAGAGGAGCUGGACACUCUUAGCCACUUCCUGCACAGCCGCCAGGAACACCUGCAAGCCUCAGCUGCGGCUCAGGAGGCUGAUGGAGCAGCACCCUCCAGGAACAGCCUGCCGACAGGCAUGGGCUCCCCUCCCCCCCUGUUGCCCACGCCGACCAUCGCAGGGCCCCCGGAGGGAUCGACCGGGACCCCCUCCCCCUUCAGGAACGUACCCCAAAAGCAAGCCGCCUCCCCUCCUGUCCAUGGACAGUGUUCCAGCGCCCCUCCACCGGCCUCCUGGUCCUCGCGGUCCCCGGGGCUUCCCACCCCCACGCAUGGGCCACCACGGCCCACACCCCCCCAGAGGAGCCCCCAUGAGUCGAGGGCCCCCGCCCCAGAACGGGCCCGGACCUCACGGCCCUCGCGCCCCACCGCCCUCCCUCAUCACUCACCACCCGCCAGGCGCAGGUCUCCUGCCCUCCCCAGGGCCCCCUCCUCAACGCGCCCCCAUGCCUCGACAUUAAGGAUCUGUCCAACGUUCCAUUGCCCUCUACCCCCCAUUCUGACCUCCAAUGGAUUGCUGUUGAGGACAUUGUAGCCGGAACGAGCAAUCUUAAUCUGGAAGAUUUUUUGUUCGUUUGUUUGUUUGUUUACAGUUUGUUCCUCUGACAUAUUUUUGUAUAUUUUGUUU